UCUGGUUAAAAACUAGGCUCAGAAUCGAUUCUGAAAUUCUCAGAAUCGAUCCAGAAUCGGAACUAUUGGCGGCUCCACGACACGCGUUACUUCCUCAUUCCUAAGUUCCUGUGUCGGUCUAUGGGAGUGUUGUAACUCUCUUUCUCCAUGGCUCUGGUGUAGCCCACUGUACUGUACUGCUACUAGAAGAACUGUUGGUGAAAUCAGCCACAUUAAUACCAGCUUUAACAAACUAUAUGAUUUGCAAUUGCACUCUAUAGUUUGUCAUUUCCGAACCCCUGUAUUCAUAACUAAAAACUAAAAUGCUUUUUAUUUCUUUUUUUUCUCCUUUUUUUAGAGAAAUAAUGGAGUAUUCAGAGAGAACUAAAAGGAGGAAAAUAUCAGCAAAAGUGGAGGAACAUUUACGUCUCCUUGAAAAUGAGUCUAUGAUUGAUGAUUUGGUGGCACAUGAAUCUGAAUGCCCACUGGAUGAUUUGUUAGAGCAUACUGAAAGUGAAGAUUCUACAGACACUUUCUACGAUGCUUGUGAUCAGAACUGUUUUGAGUCAAGCGAUUUAGAGGAAGAUUUUUUCUCAGAUUCUUUUUAUGAUUUUAACCUUUCCUCAUUCGAUGAUUUGGAUUCUGAAAACUGGAUGCCAGGUGAUAUGCCUGGUUGUGAUAGUGACAGUGAUUUGCAUGGAGAUGAAUGUUCUGACAUAGAAGAAGACAAUAAUAAUGAUUCGCUUGGGCUUGCAGAGUGGGCUGCAGAAUUUAACAUUCCACAAACAGCGCUGUCUGCACUUCUUAAAAUCCUACGGAGGAAGGGCCUUGAUAUCCCAAUGGAUGGCAGAACUCUUAUGUCAACUGACAGAUCUUGCAGUGUUGCAAAUAUGUCUGGGGGGUCCUACUACCACUUUGGAGUCGAAAAUUCUCUCAAAGCUGAACUAACAUCUUUAGGACAUUUAGCAAAUGUGACUGAUACUCUCACACUCCGAAUUAAUAUCGAUGGAUUGCCCUUAUUCCGUAGCUCCAGUAUGAGUCUGUGGCCGAUUCUGGGUAUGAUUAAGGAAAUUCCCGAGUGUAGUGUCUUCGUAAUUGGAGUGUAUUCGGGUGCAUCUAAACCCGCAAAUGUGCAAGAGUAUUUACAAGAAUUCAUUGUAGAUAUGAAAGCUGUUUCUCAGAGUGGAAUUGUGUACAAUGGUGUACAUUUCAGGGUACCAUUACCCGAUGCUUUUAUUUGUGAUGCACCUGCUCGUGCUUUUCUUAAAUGUUCCAAAGGCCAUACAGGCUAUUAUGGGUGUGAGAGGUGCACUCAAAAAGGCCAGUACAUUAAUGGGAAGGUGGCCUAUCCUGUAACAUCAGCAGAGCUUAGGACAGAUGAGCAAUUUGGGAGGCAAGGCUAUCAGCACCACCAACUGUCAACCUCCCCACUAAAUGAGUUGGGUAUAGGUCUAGUGACCAGUUUUGUGUUAGAUUAUAUGCACCUUGUGUGUUUGGGGGCAAUGCGCAAGUUAAUAUUUCUUUGGCUAAAGGGGCCACUAAAAUGCAGGCAAUCUAUGAAGUUUUUUGUUGUAAUGUCAGCAUUUAUGGUUUCUAUCAGGCAAUAUUUACCUAGCAAUUUUGCAAGGAAACCACGAUCCUUGUUCGAAUUCAGCACAUGGAAAGCUACAGAGCUGCGUCAAUUUUUACUUUACACUGGUCCUGUUGUUCUCCUCAAUAAUAUACCCACUAUAAUGUACAGAAACUUUUUACUUCUAUCGGUAUCUAUGAGAAUUCUCCUGAGUCCUGCCUUAUGUUCUUCUUCUGACAAUUGUGACUAUGCUGAGGAGAUUUUGAAACUCUUUGUAACAGACUUUGCUGCAAUUUAUGGCAAUGAAUUUGUCAGCUAUAACAUACAUUCCUUGAUCCACCUAGCUCAAGAUGCACGUAAAUUCGGCCCGUUGGAUAGUGUUUCAGCUUUUCCCUUUGAGACAUUUUUAGGUAAACUGAAAAAACUUGUCCGUCGGCCUCAAAACCCUGUCCAACAACUCGUCAGGCGAAUCCAUGAGAAGCAGAAAGUGGCAAGCCAAAAGACCACAUCAGUUUUCAGCCCACUCAAACAGCUCCACUUUUCUGGACCAAUGAUUAAUUCAGUUGCAACAUGGGAACAAUACAGGCGUUACAAUGAUGGACAGACACUGAUCUCCUCCUCUCGUGGCGAUGACUGUUUUUCUGUAGGGAGAAGGAUUCUUAUUGUGCGGAACAUUUUGUCACAUUCUGGAACUGUUAAAGUCCUGUGUAAUUUCUUUGAAACUGCCAAAUCCUUUUUCACCUAUCCAAUGGACUCAUCGCGUCUUGGAAUUCUUUUUGUUUGUAAUUUAUCUGAAGACUUGCAGCUGUUACCUGUGGAGGAGUUAAAAACAAAAAUGGUGUUAUUACCACACAAGACUGGAUACGUGGCACUUCCACUCCUGCACUAAAGUGCUAAUUAUUUGUUUCAUUUGUUUAAAUUUUUUUGUAUGUAUUUGUUUUUCUUUAAGCAUGUUACCUUUCGGGAUAGUUGAAUUUAUAAAUGGUGGGGGAUUGGCAGUUAUACCAACCAAAUGGUUUGUCGGGCCUGAGGAGGAUGAAUGCUACUGGCCACCAACAAGGAUGAACAUGGCAAAGGCGGUCAUGGAGCAACAGGACCCUCACACUGACUGGGCGACAUACAAGUUGACUGUCAAGAGAAAAGUUGCUACGUAUGAAAUUGCCCGCAGAAAAUUAGUGGAGUAUGAGCAAAACACUGAUGUACCAACCGAGUCUGAUUCUACAGUGAAGACUGGAAGGGGGAAGCGCAAAAAGAGGCGAGUGAUUUUGUCUAGUGAGGAUGAGGAUGAUGACAAUUGGUCCGGCAGCCAAAUCAGGCCUACACCUCCAUCCACCCUCAGAUCUGUGCUGACACCUCCACUGCCUCCAUCCACACUCGGAUCUUCACCUCCACUGCCUCCAACCAGAUCUUCACCUCCACUGCCUCCAACCAGAUCUUCACCUCCACUGCCUCCAACCAGAUCUUCACCUCCACUGCCUCCAACCAGAUCUUCACCUCCACUGCCUCCAACCAGAUCUUCACCUCCACUGCCUCCAUCGACACCCCGAUCUUCACUUCCACUGCCUCCAUCUGCUAGGCCGACACCUCCACCACCUCCGGGUACCCUUAGAUGGCCAGUGUUUCAACCCAUUACCAUGUCACCAGAAACCCCUCAAAGACAAAUCAGGGACAACAUGUUUGUUCGCAUCUUAACACUGCUUGAGGAGAUGAAAGAGACACAAAAAAUCCAGGGGAGGAUACUACAAACGCUGCUACAACAGCGUGGCAACAUUAGCACCACCGUCUCUUCUAUCCCAGAGGGUUUCCCCCUAAAGACAGUUAGGGAUGUGGAAAUCGUGGAAGAAAAACUGGCAAACCCGAACUUCAUGUCCGAACUGGUUGCAGCUGUGACUGACAUAGGGGGGGCGACUGUUGACGAGGCCACAAAAAGGAUGAUGACCUUCCUCCUAGACCAUGGCCUAUCCAGGCAGUAUAACUUUGUGGGCCGAAAUGGGAAGAGAGAGUUCAAGGCCUUAAAACUGUAUGAAGUAAUAUAUGGAGGCUUAAAGAAAAACGCCAUGACCAGCCAAAUCACCCGUAAAGAUGCAGAGAAGGCGGUCUCCAAGUGGCUCAUCGGUGCUAGAGACCGGGGGGUAAUAGACAGGCCCGACAAGCAACCCCUCAACAAAGACUUCAGGCUUGAGAAACAGAGCGAGAGAAAAGACGGGAGAGAGGCCGAGAGCGUAAGAGUGAGAUAUGUCAUACCUGAUCCAGUGCUUGGUAAAGAUGUUUGUGCAUACAGAGGCUGGUGGUUCUUGAAGAUGAAGAGUGAGAUUGUUCUCUGCAUUCUCCAGAUGAGCUGCUCCUCAUCUCGCUCUCAGUCUCUCUAUAUGAGGGAAAAACAUUGA